CGCGCUUGUUAAUCCAACGCGUUGUUCGUUCUUGGCAACAGAGACCUGCCGCACGGAUGGAUCCUACUUAACUACCGGUGCCCACCACUGUCCGAAAUUUCUUCUGCUCUCCCUUCACUUGUUUUUCCUCCGCGGAAGGAAGGGGAAGGACAACGCCAGCAAUAACAAUUUGACGGAUAAGCGUACGGUCUUUCCUCAACCUCAUCUCAUCUCAUCUCAUCUCAUCUCAUCUCCUCAUCCACCACAAUCGAUCCAAUUCCGACACACCAUAGCUAUGCCGCCCAAACGCCGAGCACCGGCUCAAACCCUCAGCGCACACAUUGAGUCUAGCGAUGAGGGGAGUGAUAAGCUUGACGGUACGUCUCGUGAUCCACCCACUAAAUUGUCUGCUCAACAAUUGACUUAUAUUAGCUACAGCCCUUCCCAAAAAGGCCCCCGUAAAACGUUCUAGUAGGAGGUCCGCUACUACUGCCAUUACGGUUGAGCCGACAGUGGCAGCUGCAGACAAGAAAGGGGAAAAGCCAGCGGCAGCAGGAAGAGGGAGAAAGAAGAAAGCUGCAGUGAAUAGAGUCGAAGAACCAACCGAAGAUGAGGACGUUUCUGGUGGCGCACAAGAAGAGGAUGGUGGAGAUGAUGAGGAAGAUGAAUUGGAAGCUGCCCCGGUAAAGGGUAAGAAGAAGGUGACUACGGCUGGCGGGAGGAAAGCUACAACGGCAGCAGCGGCAAAGAAAGCAGCAGCUGCUGCUGCUGCAGUGAAGCCUAAGCCGAAACGUGGAGCUAAGAAGGUUGAAAUUGAAAUUGAGGAGGAAGAUAAAGAGGAGGAGGCGAUGGAGCGGGAGGAGGAGGUUCCGGCACCUGUCAAGAAAAGAGGUGGCGGGAGGAAAGCUGUGCCUGUGGCAGCAGCAGCACCAGUGGUGGAAAAGAAGAAGCGUAUGACGAAGAAGGAGAAGGAUGCUGCCGCCGCCGCUGCUAUGGAGGCAGAAGCGGAAGAGCAAGAAAAGGAGAGGGAGAUUGCCGAGACACAGUAUACACCCAUGCAGCUUGAUAAAAGUGCGGUCAAUGGUGAGGGCGAUGUGAUGGAGGUUGAAGCAACACCAACACAAGUCUACUCGGCCCCCGCCGUUGCUUCGAAGAAGGCCGUUGCUGCUACUAGGAAGAAGGCGGGGGCAUCAAAAGCCAGGGGCAGGGCCGCCAAGGCUUCUGAGCCCGAGGCAGUUGAGGGAGGCGACGACGACGAUGAUCUGGCACUCCCAGCGAAACCUCCGAUUCCCGUCGCCCCAAAGAGAGCUCGUCGCGGAGCUGCCGGUAGCGAAGUGGUAGCAGUGGUAGCCGGGGGGGGAGCAGAUACCGAGACGGAAGCCUACAAAUCCCUCGAAAAGGCCUUCCACGAAUUGGAAACCGAGCAUAAAAAACUCGAGUACGUCCGUGAGACAGAAGUCGAGCAGACGUUCGCAAAGUAUAGGAAGAAUGCCGAGAUUCAAGCUAAAAGUUUGCCUCCCUCAAUCUCCCCUAGCUAGUGGGGACUAGUACUGACGACUGCGAGCAGAAGCAAACAAACUCAUCGACUCCCUCCAAACCGACCUGAAUGCUCAAUCCCUCUUAUCCGGCGAAUCAAAAACUCUCAGGAAGGAGCUCGCCGCGAAGGAAGCCGAGGUGGCAAAAUUGCAGAGCAAGAUUCAGGAAUUGCAGAGAGGUCUGCAGGAGCAGCAGAAUGAAGCAAAAGUCUUGUCGGCGAAGUUGAUUGUCGCGGAGAAUAAUAGUAAGCGUAGCGCUCUGGUGGCUCCGGGGAGUGCGGUUAAGUCGAAGGGUGGCAUUGGCGGUGGCGCCGGCGGUGGGGGAAUCGCGGGCUCGGGACUAGCGGCGGUGGAAGCGUGGAUUGCUAAGGUCAAGGAGGAGUUAUUCCAAGACCUGACCGGGCUACUAAUCGUGAACGUCAAGAAGGAAGCGCGGAAGACGGUGUUUGAGUGUUUACAGACUAGUUCUACUGGAGGUUCGUCUCUUCCCCAAAUUUCUAUAUAUGAUAUCUACAUCUAUCGAUCUCUACGUGACUAACAAAGACCCCAGUGACAAUUCACUUCAAACUCCAAGUCCCCGACUCCCUCUCCACUACUGCCUCCUCCUCCAACUCAAGACACCAGCGUAAGCCCUCCCUAGCCCCGGACCCCAAAACUACGGCGGAUGAAGAGGAAGACGAGAGCAGGGACGAAAUCGUCUACGUCCCUCUGCUAGACCAGCAACGGGAUAAAGCUCUCAUUGCUGUGCUCCCGGAUUACCUCAAGCUCGAGAUUGGCUUCAAAAAGGAGCAGAUGAGUGACUUUUUUGCAAAGAUUACGGCUUUCAUGAUGAACAUGAAAACUAAGCGGGUCCUUGAUGGUGAUGAUUCUGGGGAAGAGGAGGAGGAGGAGGAGGAGGAGGAGGAGGAGGAUGACAACGAGGAGGAGGAGGAGGGAGUGGGUAAAGGCAAGGGGAGUGAUGAUGGUGAUGAUGACGAAGAGAUUGGAGAUGCUUAG